UCGGCGUCUGCGUCGAUCGUAGGCCGGCCUAGACGCGGCGGCUGUAGCUCCGCACUGACCACAACGAACAGUUUAUCGAAAUAAGCGCCGACGGCAGCAUGAGCCCCCGCGUCCUCCUGCCAGCCCCCAAUCUGUCAUCUCGCUACUGUUGAGAGUGAAAAUGUGCGAGCCCGAGCCGAGAUCGCCAGCCCGCUGGCCAACUGCGUGACCGCUCGCGAACACACGCACGUCACCUGGUGGUGGCGCUCCCCUGGGGGGCCAUGCGCGUCUAGAGGACCCACUUUCGGAACGGUCCAGCACCAGCGAACAUUCCGCCGCACAGCAUGGCCUCGGUCGCCGCUUGGCUGCCCUUCGCGCGGGCGGCGGCCAUCGGCUGGGUGCCCAUCGCCACGCACCCGCUGCCUCCGCCACCCGUGCCCAAGGACCGCCGCAAGACCGACGACGAGAAGCUGCUCAUCAACGUGUCGGGACGGCGCUUCGAGACCUGGAGGAACACGCUAGAGAAGUACCCGGACACGCUGCUCGGUUCCAACGAGCGCGAGUUCUUCUACGACGAGGACGUCAAGGAGUACUUCUUCGACCGCGACCCUGACAUCUUCCGCCACAUCCUCAACUACUACCGCACCGGCAAGCUGCACUACCCCAAACACGAAUGCCUCACCAGCUACGAUGAGGAACUCGCGUUCUUCGGCAUCUUGCCGGAUGUCAUCGGUGACUGUUGUUACGAGGACUACCGCGAUCGGAAGCGCGAAAACGCGGAAAGACUGAUGGACGACAAGCUUUCGGAGAACGGCGACCAGCACUUGCAACAGCUCACCAACAUCCGGCAGAAGAUGUGGCGGGCUUUCGAGAACCCUCACACGUCCACUGCCGCUCUCGUAUUCUACUACGUGACCGGCUUCUUCAUUGCCGUUUCUGUUAUGGCCAACGUGGUCGAGACGGUGCCAUGUGGUAGCCGACCUGGAGGUGCAGGUUCUCUGCCUUGUGGCGAGCGCUACAAGAUCGUCUUCUUCUGCCUCGACACGGCCUGCGUUAUGAUCUUCACGGCCGAAUAUCUGCUUCGGAUGUUCGCUGCUCCUAACCGAUACAAGUUUGUUCGUUCGGUCAUGAGCAUCAUCGAUGUCGUUGCCAUUUUACCGUACUAUAUAGGCCUGGGUAUCACUGACAACGACGAUGUGUCUGGAGCUUUCGUCACGUUGAGGGUGUUCAGGGUAUUCCGAAUCUUCAAAUUCUCACGUCACUCGCAGGGUCUUCGGAUCUUGGGCUAUACGCUUAAAUCGUGCGCUUCCGAGCUGGGUUUCCUCGUAUUUUCUCUAGCGAUGGCUAUCAUCAUUUUUGCCACAGUCAUGUUCUACGCUGAAAAGAAUGAGGGCAAGACGUUCACAUCUAUCCCAGCAGCCUUCUGGUACACCAUCGUCACAAUGACAACGUUAGGUUAUGGUGACAUGGUACCAGCCACUAUAGCGGGAAAGAUAGUUGGAGGGGUGUGUUCGCUUAGCGGGGUACUUGUCAUAGCCCUGCCUGUACCUGUCAUCGUGUCAAACUUCAGUAGAAUAUACCACCAAAAUCAACGGGCAGAUAAACGAAAAGCACAAAGGAAAGCACGACUAGCGCGUAUUCGCAUAGCCAAAGCUUCUUCAGGAGCAGCUUUUGUUAGUAAAAAGAAAGCAGCUGAAGCGCGUUUGGCAGCUCAAGAGUCUGGUAUCGAGCUAGAUGACAGCUACAGGGAAGAAGACAUCUUCGAAUUGCAGCACCAUCAUUUACUGCGCUGCCUGGAAAAGACUACAGACCGAGAAUUUGUCGAGCUCGAGGUACCUUACAAUGGACAUCCGAAGAGGCCAGGGUCGCCAUCACCUCUGGCCAGUCCAGCUCACUCUGCGGUGUCCAUUGGACUCCUCCAGUCAUGUUGCGGCAGGUGUUGUCCAAGAAGGUAUCAACAAACGUGCGGGAAGUACAUGCCAGCGGCUUCGACAGCCCAAGCCAAUCAAACCGGUAGCGGUAUGGACGGAACCUACCUUGUAGAAGCGUCUUUCUAGACAUAUCACCAACUUUACUUGCCUUUAAAUACCUUUGACAUAUUCUAAGCAACAUAAAGCUGUACAGGGUGUCCCACUUUAGUUGAAACCAUACGGUAUCUCCGUUAUUAGUAAAGAUAGGAUGCGGUUUGCACAAACCUGUCCAUUUUUUUGUUAAACGGAAGGCGCUGUUAACAAAAUUUUUAUAGCUCUCUUCGUUUCUCUUUGUGAAAAUUUUGCAAUUUGGGAUAGCCCCCGUAUCUUCGUUAUUGUGAAAGGUAUCGAGAAGAUGAAAACUGAA